AUGUCAAAGACUUUCUCAUCAAGUCCUGCGAACGAGGUCGCCAUCGAGCGCUACAAACGCGUCUUCCAGAAGUUCGCCUCCGUCGAGAAGAACGGCGAAAAGCUCAUGACCAAGGACGACUUUGUCAACGCAAUCGCACCGGGCGAGGACUACAAGCGGCUGCAGCGAUCCCAGUACGGCGUCCUCUUCAACGUUGCAGAUCAGUCCAAGAACGGUCUCCUGUCGCUCUCUGACUUCGUCGUCUUCGAGAACCUGCUGACCCGUCCUGACGCAGAGUACGAGAUCGCCUUCCGCCUUUUCGACACAACCGGCUCAGGCAAGAUCACGAGAGAGCAGUUCAAGCAGAUCCUCUCCGCCAACAUCGGAACGGAUGAGAUCCCCUUCGAUUUCGAGUGCGAGUGGCUCAAGCUGUACACCGGCGGCAAGUCUGUUACGCACGAGAUGCCCUACAAAGAGUUUGCCCAGCUCCUGAAAGGCCUUCAGGCAGAGCGUCUUCGUCAGGCCUUCAAAUUCUACGAUACCCAGGUCAGCGGUUACAUCACCCCCGAUGAGUUCAAGAAGAUCAUCGUCGAUAUUGCUGGCCACAAACUCUCGGACCACGUUCUCGACAACUUGCCCACACUCAGCAACCUCUACGCGGGAAGCAAGAUCUCGUUCGCCAACGUCAUGGCAUUCUACAACGUCAUUCGCGAGAUGGACAUGGUCGAGCGUAUCAUCCGCAAGGCUAUUUCUAAUACCAAGGACGGUGCUAUCACCAAGGCCGAUUUCCUGAAUACCGCUGCCAGGGAGACCCGUUUCUCACUGUUCACGCCCAUGGAGGCCGACAUUGUCUUCCACUUUGCUGGUCUGGAGAACUCAACGGGCAAGCUGAGCCUCGGUGAUUUCGGCCGCCUACUCGAGUCCAAGUGGGAGCAUGCCGCUGCCCCAGUCACGGUCGCUGUCCAGCCAGAGAUCAAGCACGGCGCCAUCCACGACCUCUUGAAGGGAUCCUCUAAACAUUGUGCUUCCCCUCUCUUCUAUUUCACAGACGGCUUCUUGUUGGGAUCCAUUAGUGGUGCCGUCGGUGCCACCGUUGUCUACCCCAUUGAUCUUGUCAAGACACGUAUGCAGAACCAGCGUUCCAAAGUUGUCGGAGAAUUGCUUUACAAGAACAGUAUCGACUGCUUCAAGAAGGUCAUCAAGAACGAGGGUGUCUUGGGCUUGUACCGUGGUCUCGGUCCUCAGUUAGUGGGUGUUGCUCCAGAAAAGGCCAUCAAGUUGACCAUGAACGACCUUGUAAGGAAUAUGACUACAGAUAAGGAUGGCAACAUCUCAUUUACUUCAGAGUUGCUUGCUGGUGGUAUUGCCGGAGGCUCUCAGGUCGUCUUCACGAACCCCUUGGAGAUUGUCAAGAUCCGUCUCCAGGUCGCUGGUGAGGCAGCCAAGAGCUUGGAUGCCCCCCGUCCUGGAGCUAUUGCCAUUGUCCGCAACUUGGGUAUCCUGGGUCUUUACAAAGGAGCCAGCGCCUGCUUGCUGCGCGAUAUUCCCUUCUCUGCCAUUUACUUCCCUGUUUACGCACACUUGAAGAAGGAUUUCUUUAAGGAGGGUCCUGAUCAUCGUCUCACAAUCGGCGAGCUCCUCAUGGCCGGUGCCAUUGCCGGUAUGCCAGCGGCGUACUUCACCACGCCCGCUGAUGUGAUCAAGACUCGUCUGCAGGUCGAGGCCAAGAAGGGCCAGAGCACCUACAACGGCAUUGGAGAUGCCGCACGCAAGAUCUAUACCGAGGAGGGAUUCCGUGCCUUCUUUAAGGGAGGCCCAGCCCGUAUCCUCCGUUCGUCACCCCAGUUCGGUACAACCCUGAUGGUGUACGAGAUGUUGCAGCGUGCAUUCCCCUUUGAUUCCUCGCCCGAAGCUGCCAACAAGGCCAUGGGAACCCAUGUUGCACCCGCAGAGGACCUGAGCUACCUCCAGUCGAAGAACGCGCUCAAGAUUUUGCUGGAUGUGCACUACAAGUUUGGAGUUGUGCCAUCGGACGUCAAGCUUCCCGGCAUUGCCAACGCAUAG